CCUCGCGACAUCACUUCGACGCCUUCCUUUCCUCGCAUCUCCCCUCUUCCUCUCCUCUCUUCCCUCCCUCUCUCUCUACUUCUUUCCUCCUUCUUGGCUGCGGGGUGGAUCCUACUCCUGUGCCAAUGGCAGACCCCCAGCCGUCUCUGGCUGCCCAGCAGAGCGCCUUCCCUGCCGCUCCUGGCCUCGUCGCCCCGCCACAGCAGCUGUCCUCAUCCACAAACACCACCACCUCUACAUCCUCCUCCUCCUCCUCUACCGCUGCUGCUGCCGCUGUUACCCCCGCCGCCCCUCCGCCCCCGACGCAGCAAAAAAUCGUCCGCGUCCGCUCAGGAUGCUGGACCUGCAAAGCCCGUCGCCGCAAGUGCGACGAAGCAAAACCCUUCUGCAUGAACUGCAUCAAAAACAACCGCGAGUGCGAGGGCUACGACCUCCGUCUCUCCUUCGACGUCGACGACUCCCGCCAUAUCGCUUCCGGCGUCCACUUUGAUCUCAAAGGUCGUCCCGUCGUCGGCUUUCGCAGGAGACCCCGUCUGCGCGAGUCCCUCGCCGCAAGAACUCCCGUCGUCCCGCCCUCCACUCCUCUUCCAACCGGUGCUCCUAUAGAUAUCGCCUUUCUCACGCCGUCUUUUGGUGACUACCCUCUACAGCAACAACAGCAACAACAACAACAACAACAACAACAACAACAACAACAGCAGCAGCAACAACUUCAAGCGCAGCAGCAACAACAACAACCACAACAACAACAGCAGCAGCAAGCGCCUCGCAAAGAGCUCAAGUUCGUCGUGCAGAUUGGAAUGGACAGUGCGAAGCGCUCUCGCAAAAAGAAAGCGGCUCCCGACACCGACAACUCUCCCAAAAAAAUCAAAUCCGAAGAAUCUGCAUCCACAUCUUCAUCCUCAUCCGCCCCUGCGACCGCUUCCGCCUCUACGACAACAGCCGCUGCCCCUGCUCCUCCGCCCCAGCAGCAUCCGGCUCCUGACUUGCUUGUUCCCGGCGCCGGAAUCGCUCCUUCCGCCCUCUCAUUCUCGACCUCGCCUGGUUCGUCUUCGUCAUCAACCCCUCAAUCCGAACCAACGGCUGAGGUGACCGUCAAAUCCGAACCACAGCCGUCAGAGUAUGCCUUCUCCAAUUUCCAGUACGACCUCCUCCUGCCCACCGCUCCUCAGUUGUCGUCUCAGCGUCCGCCUGCGUUCCGCUCCAACUCGCAGUCGUACUCCGCCGCAUCCAAUGCCCAGGCCGUUCCACAGCAGGUCAGCGCGAGUAAGCUGCACCCUCCAUCCGUCACAGCGCGUCCCCCUCCCGCAGCAACGUCGCCGAGGAUGUCUCGCGAGCUUGGGAUGUUUUGGAGUAUCAAGCCUGAAGAACAAGAGAUGCUGCAGUACUACUUCACAGACGUCGCACCCCUGCUCGAUAAUCUUCAAAACUCUCCUUUGGCUGGUCUCGCAAUCACCUACUGCACGCACGAACUCGCUCUCUCCUGCUUCCUCUGCCUUGCCCACGUUCACCUUGCUACGCGACAAGGCUCGGAGGUCUACUACGCCAACGGUUUGGAAUACCAUUCGCGCACAAUUAGAUUCUUGGGCGAAGUUCUAAGCGCAGUCUCCUCCUCAUCAAGCGCGACGACUCCAAACGAGGUAUCUGCGGCUGCAUCAGCCGCGGCGGCGAUUGCAGGUGCAAGCAACAACAACAGCGGCAGCGAUGGAAGUAACGGAAACAGUGCAUCUGGUGCUCGUGGUUCGACAUCCAUGGAACCUUCGCAGUCGGCUUUGGGUUUUCCUAAUAUCCAGAAUAUCCGCAAUCAAACAAAUAUGGGCCGCGGACUUGGUGUUGCGGUCUUGACUGUUAUUUAUUUCUUGAUUACAUUCGAAAUUAUGGAUACUGGAAAGUCUGCUACCGUGCGGUCGCAUCUGUCUGCGUUCUCAUCGAUUAUCGAAGAUCGUGAACUUGCAGCCGACGUCCUUUCAGCACCAAACGGCAUGUUUCUGUUCCGCAUAUUUGCAUGGUACGAUAUCCUUUCAUCCGCCUGUUCAAAAGACUACCGAGCUCCGCAUCUCUCCGGACCCUACUUCUUUCCCCUCUCGCCCGAAGAUUCAGGUGUCGAAGGAAUCAUGGGCUGUCCGGACGAGAUCAUCCUCGCGAUUUCAGACACCUGCCAUCUCCGCCAUCGGAUGAAGUACGAGCCCGAGUCACUUUCGCUUGCCGAGAUCCAGCAGCGCGCGUCUGAGAUUGAGUCGCGGAUUCGAAACUACUCUAGUCUGCGGAAAUGGGACGGUCACGCGUCAUACAACUAUGUCCAGCAUAUAAUCGGCUCGCAGUGCUGGGCGCAAGCGUCGACUAUCUUCCUCCUCCGCUCGACGGGUAUGGAUCCCUCCGGACGCCGUAUUGCGAAAAGUGUUGAAGAAUUCGAGAAACUGCACGCGAUCCUCGAACCAGGUUCAGAACCCGAUAUUCAAAUGGUCUGGCCCAUGUUUGUCGUUGGCUGCGAGCUAAAGACCUCAGAAGGUCGGGCAGCGGCCGUCAAGCGCAUGGAUACACUUUACAACCAGACGUACCGUGGCAGCUGGAGCAUGACGAAGACCGUCUUGAACGAGGUAUGGGCCACUAAUCAAUCUUGGGAAGAGGUCUUGUCGAGUAAAGCGUGGGAGAAUGUUGAUUAUCUCGCGCUGUGAUUGAUGGUUUUCAUACCUUGAUUGUUAUACUAUAUAUUACAAAACGUUUCUCUCUUGUUUUCAUUAUGUAUUACUGAUACUUAUUUUCUAAUCUUUCAUUCAUUUUAUUUUCUUUUAUUUUUGAUGUCUAAUUAUUCUUGGGACUGGUACAUGGAUUACAAAAGCACUUUCUUUCUUUCUUUCUCUCUCUCUUAAUCCGUCUUGACAUUUCUAUUCUUUCUUUUUUUGGGCUUCAUUUUUAUUAUCCAUUCUUCAUUAUGCGGGUCUGGGCGUAAUUAACGACUACGAAUCUUGCAUUUGCUAGACUUUAUCUU